ACGCUCCGGGAAUAAUUACAUCACACACCUCCGCAUGGGAAACGAAUCCCGUGUGAAUAGGGCUUAAGGUGAAAGGACAUUGUCGGGUUCUGCACAGCACCUUUAACGGUUCCUCCAGUGGGACGAACCAAACACCGCUUUAGUUUCCUGUAUUUAACCUUUUUUUUUUUUUCCUUUUCUAAUUCACUUCAGUUCUUGUCUUGAUGUACAAUAACAUCCGAGUUCUUAACCCGCAUGGAUUCGGACGCACCCAUCUUUUCUAGGGUUUUGUCUUGGCACACUAUGUAGGGGAGAAGUGUGUGAAUUGGGACGCGCCCACAGGAAGUGAUGCACUGCAUGGUGAUAGAGCUGUCUUCUGUGACUCAUGCUGGGUGAAGAUGCUUACCUGGCGACACGUUCGGGGUUCUCCUACAUGCGCGGUGUAAUCGAGGAAGCGCGAUGGAUCCUUCCAGAAGAAGUGAGAGCGACUGGCAAGGGCUAGUGAACGAGUUCCUGGUGUGUAAGAGAAAGCUGGAGAGUAAGAAGGAGGCGCUGCUGAUUCUGUCCAAGGAGCUGGAUACCUGCCAGCAGGAGCGUGACCAGUUUAAACUGAUGGCCAACCAGCUGCGAGAGCGCCACCAAGGGCUGAAGAAAAAAUACAGAGAGCUUAUUGACGGUGACCUGACAUUACCUCCAGAAAAAAGGAACCAAGCGAAUUUAGCGCAGCUGCAGCGUGAUGCUCAGGAGAAGAACAGGAAGCUGAGUGAUGAACUGAAAGAGCUGAAUCAGCGAUUAGUAGAGGUUCAAGGUGACAACAAGCUGCUGAGGAUGACCAUCGCUAAACAGCGUCUCGGUGAUGAAGAGGUCGGAGUUCGCCACUUUCUGGCCCACGAGAGAGAAGAUCUCGUACUGCAGCUGGAAAAAGCUCGAGAGCAGAAUUCGGAGCUGGAGCAGAGCGUGAAGGUGGCGAUGGACGAGCUGCAGGAUGUGCGGGCGGAAAGAAACGUGUAUCAGGAGAAAGCUCACCGCCUCAACAUCGAGCUCAACCACAUCCUGAGACACCACGACGGCCGACUCAUGGACGUGGACGCUCUGUGUAUGGAGAACAGAUAUCUCCAUGAACGCUUUGUCCAGCUUCAGGAAGAAGUCUGUCUCCUCAAAACCAAUUUGAUGAAGUACAAGAGUGCGCUGGAGAGCAGGAAGAACUGUAAAGUGUAUGGCAAGGCCAACAGUAGUGCACUAACAGGAGUGCUCUCAGCUAAACAAGUUCAGGAGCUGCUGCUGUCCGAGGAAAAUGGCUGCAGUCUGCCCGUGACGCCGCAGUCCAUCAGUGAUCUGAAGUCUUUAGCCACAGCGCUGCUGGAGACCAUUCACGAGAAGAACAUGGUCAUUCAGCACCAACGCCAGACCAACAAGAUUCUGGGUAACAGAGUAGCGGAACUGGAAGGGAAGCUGAAAGCACUGGAGAUGUCUGGACUGUGGAGUUUGCCUGGUGGAAGAGAUGUGAUUAUUCUGAGUGAACACCAGCAAGUCCAGACGUCGGUGGGGCGUGCGGUUCGGCUACAGCACGGCUCUGUGGGAGACGAGGAGGUCGUGACCGGAGAGGAAGUGACCGAAGAGACGGCGCUCACUGCUGAGGAUCCGUCUCCUCCUCCUCCUCAUCAUCAUCAUCAUCUUCAUCACCACAGCACGGUCUACGUAAAACACACACGCACACCUGAAUCCAGCGAACAUCUUCCCACAGAAACCAACACCAGCUCACAGAAGAGUCCUGUGGAGAGAGGAACGUACGGUUACGAGCCAGAAACAUUACACAGUGAUGAAGAUCUGGCAACCCGCGACCAUGGUAGCACAAGUACAACUCCAGCAGAGGAUGCUGGGAAAGAGGGCGGAGCUCCGGUCACAUGUUCUGAGGAUAGUCCUGAUAUUCAGGAUGGAUCAGAGAGAGACAUGAGCAACAAGUCGGUGUAUAAUGCAGACUGCACAGAACCGUCUGAUCCCAGAACAGUAGAGAGUACAGAGGACGUGACGGAACCAGACACUCCAGAUCAGAGCACAUAGAACGCAGAACUCUUAAAGAAAUGCUGCACUUAAACACCGGAUCAAAGCUUCUACACGUUCAUCGCGGUUUGCAAUGUUGCCACAGUAUCUUUAUUAAACAUCUGAUUUCUCCAAGACGAGAGACGAGGUGUUCAAACGCGUUUACGAUAAGAUCACGCUUUCGUAGCCGUCACGUCAUCGGAAGUCGAUUUUUUUUUUUUGUCUUGUUAACGUAUUCUGAAAGAAACACUGAUCCUGCAAUAAGUCUGUCUCUUGUCCACUGUACACUGUCUGUAAAGGCUCAACAGCUACAUGCUAGCUAGAUCGUUAGCUAACAAUUUACGCUAGGUGUUCAUUUUAUCCUUGGCAACUCUUGAUUUGAACAGACUGGACAUUGGCCGCGUGGUGCGUUUACCUUCCCGUGUUGGGUACGCAGAAGUAACACGCUUUUAAAAAUUUGACACGCUAUCUCAGGUUCAUAAACACUGUUGAGCAUCGGGACGAUAUUUUCAAAUUUCCAACAGUGAUGUGUCGUUUGUUAACGAGUCGGCUCGUCGAAACAAAUCUUUUAGGUGAGUCGACUCACACGGGAGCCAUUUUUGUGUCGAUGUAAAUGGCUGCUUUUGCUCUUCCAGUGCAAUUUAAUCGCAAUCUUUCAUGGAUUAUAUAGAUUUUAUGACAUGAAUUCAGCCAUAGUUAGAAAAAGAAGAACAGUUCCUGGUCAAAAUAUUGCAAAUGUUUUAUCAGGUGUGAGGAGUCAUUUGGGAACUGAAAGAGUCGACUCUUAUAAAGCGUUGAGAAGAGCUGAAAAUGACUCAUUUAAAAACUAACAAUCGCUACACUUUUAAAGAAAAGAAAAAUGGAUCUGAUCUUCAGCACAUGGAUACUACCGGUAUGUUUAUUAUUAGCAUUUUAACACAAACCAGAGGAAUGAUUUCGAUGCAUUUAAACAUGUUCACUUUUUUCCUUCAGUGUGGAUUGAGAGAGUAAUACAUUACA